UAGUGAUUCGAUGACAUCACUCAGCCUCUCCUUUUCCCUUCAUGGCUGACGAAGGCGCUUUCGACAUAAUCAUCCUUGGAACCGGUCUCGUGGAGUCCAUUGCAGCCGCCGCGCUCUCCAAAGCCGGGUUUAAAGUCGCGCAUAUCGACAACAAUCCUUAUUACGGUGCAGACGAGGCCAGCCUUUCAUUGGAAGAAUUCAUCGAAUGGACCGACAAGGACCAUGAGUUGUUCUCUGCGUUCUCCGGCACACAUACCAAACUACCACAUGCACGUCAAUAUUCCAUCUCUCUCUCACCUUCUGUGAUACCGUCAGUCGGGCCUCUCAUAUCUUCCCUCGUAGCUUCCGGAGUGUCUAGAUAUGGGGGGUUUCAGCUUGUUGAGCGUGUAGGCAUAUACGAUGCUUCUUCAGGAACCGUAAAAGGUGUUCCAGGCAGCAAAGAGGACGUGUUCAAGAACAAGGAUAUCAGUCUGGUGGAUAAACGGCGCCUGAUGCGAUUUCUCAUGUUUGCCUCGGGAGAGUUUGAAGGAAAGCCUGAGCUCGAGGGAAGGGAGGAGAUGGCGUUUGGCGAAUUUCUGAAGACGGCGUUCAUGCUCAACGACGAGACAGUAGCAGCGAUUCUGUAUGCAUUAGCUUUCUGCUUCACUGCCCAAGAUCCCACUCUAUACAUCCUGCGCCGACUCCGCCGCUAUCUUUGUUCGACCGGACGUUAUGGAUCCUCGCCUUUCCUUGUAGGCCAUUACGGCAGCUCAGGUGAAAUCGCUCAAGGCUUUUGUAGGACAGCUGCAGUGGCUGGAGGCGUCUACAUUUUAAGCCGCACCAUGUCUUCCAUCACCUACUCAGACUCCCGAUAUACUGUUACGCUCAAUGAUUUCCCUGAGCCACUCACAUGCCGCGUCCUGAUUUCAUCUGCGACUCAUCUUCCAUCAAAUCUUGCUCUACAUCAGAAACGCGUUGCGGUUUCUUCGCUAGAAUCGAUAUCUGGCUACUGUAUGGCACGAUGCGUAGCCAUCAUUGACCAACCACUUUCAUUCGGUACCAAAGUGCGUUCAACGGACGAAGACACUGAGGAACCCCCCCUUGACACCGGGAUACUCGUUUUUCCACCGAAUUCUCUUACAUCGUCAUCAGCGGCCGCAAUAGCCUUUGUCGUCGGCCAAGGGUCACUGUCUACCCCCAAAGACAGAUGGAUCCUCUAUCUAUCGAUGCCUAUCCAUCUUUCCGAAAUACAUUUAUUAUCUCCAGAAAUCAUCCUCACGCCGUAUAUGACCGCUGCUCUCAAGACGUCCCCGUCUCCUACUCCUCCUGUACCAUUAUUUACCUCUUUUUACCUCCAGAAUCCACCAUCUGCUGAGAAUUCAGGGUCCAAGUCUGAUUUGGGAACUUGCUUGGUAUCCCCGCAACUUCCAAUCGUCCCGCUUCCCGACACUCCAGAUCUUGCCGUGGAAUACGCAGAGGCUGUUUUCCGGGAGGCAAUUAAAGCUCUUCGACCAGAUGAAGAAGCAGACUUUUGGCCGCCGUUAGAAGAGGUUGAUGCAGAGGAGGAAUCUUUUUAA